UACAGCAACCAGCAGAGGGCGCCAGGUAAUCCUCACUUUCAAACCAACGAUAAGUCCUCCACGUAGUAGACUCGCAGUGACUGGCUGUACUGUUGGCUUCCUCUUUAUGGUGAGCACUUUCUGCAACCUGUGGGGAUGAUGGCUGCAGCGCUACAGUUCCAGCUUCAUGUGCCUUUCCCCUGCUCCAGAGAAGCCCAGAUCGCCCACGACUCAUUGAGCCCCGACGCAGAACCAAGGAAGGGAGGCGUGAGCAAGACUCUGAGCGUCACAGACAACGUCCUCCAUGUACAGUGGCGCGCAGACGAAGCUCGUAUCCUCCGGGUGUCUGUCGGCUCCUUCCUGGAACACCUCUCCCUCGUGGUGCAGACAAUGGCCAGAUUUGGACCAGCGCUGCCAGGACCCCUGACGUCCUGAAGAACUUUACAUCCUUUUGUGGGAUAGGUAACGCCUGUAUACUGGACCGGACCCUUCAUGCUGCAUUAUAUUACUGCACCAAUCUCUUUGUAGUCUGUUUUAUACAAAAUAAAUGUCUUCUGGACAAUAGAUUGUA